AUGGAUUUCCCACCUACUCCUAAAUUAUCACUUUCAGAAACAGAAGAAGGUGAGAUAGUUGAAGACUUUGAAACAGGAGGUGAAGAGACCGAUGAUAUAGGUAAAAUAAAUUUAGAAGUGACAAAUGGCAUAGCUGGUUUACCCGCCCCCAGUCAACCUUCUCCUCAAAGUCAGGCGAGUGAGGACUCUAACAGAACUCGGCGAAAUUCAGUAAGCAGAGAUAAAUAUUUUACUGCAGAAUCUAGUCGCCGUAAAAGAGACAGCCUUGAUAAAGAUCGUAAAAGUAAAGAAGAAACUCGUACUACCUCUUCUAAACACACUCGAAGCAGCCGACACUCUGAUCGUGAACAUGGACACCAUAGAAGCUAUAGCAGACGAGGACAUCACCAUGAAAAAAAGAAAAGUGUAGUUGAAGAAGGUGAAAAAAGUCGUAAGGAUGGUUUAGGUAAAAGUAACUUAAACUCGACCGAAUCUAUGAUCGUCGAAAUUGACGACAAUCAUAGCGAUAUAUCCACCGAUCGUAUUGAACCUUCUGCAUCAUCUCUACGUAAAAAUAAACGCAGCAGAGACGAAUUGUCCACUGACGAUGAACUUCAUAAUCAUUCAUCCUCUCGUUCAUAUAUAUCUUCUCGCCACAGUGAACGACGUCAAUACGUAAGCCGAAGAGAUAAGAAUACGAGAAGUCGGUACGAAAUUGAUCGUGACCACGGGUAUACACACAGAGACUCCAUCAAAGGAAGUGACAGAGGGGAUAGAGGAUACGGUAAAGAGACCGAAGUAGGAUAUGGACGAGAUAGAGAACAACAUCGAGAAGUCUCAAAAAGGUAUAGUGACAGUCGUGGUGGUUCUCAUGGGCGCCGCAUCAUUGAAUACGAAGUUGAUGAUGUACCUACUGGAACAAUUAUUACAAGUCAAUCAUCAUCUUCUGGUGCUUCGUUGUUGCCUGCUUCACAGUCAAAUGGAGUCCAAACAUCAAAAAUAGAGCAGCCAGUUACCGAAGAAACGGUUGAACCAGAGCUUGAACCUGAAAUGGAUGAAGAAAGAUUGAUAGAGGAAAGGCGUCAACGUCGAAUUGAAAUUUUACAAAAAUAUAAAAAUAAGAAAACUGAGAAUUUGACACUCAACCUUGAUAAAAAUACGUUACCAGAUACCAAUGCAUCCGAUGCCAUACAGAUGAAAAUAGAGUCGCAAGAUACUUCGUCAUUAACAUCGCCUGUGACUACUCCCACCACAGCCUCUCCGACUGUAUUUUCUUUGACCAAAGGUGAAAGUAUAGUCGUCGAUGAAUUUGCUAUUGAAACUGGCAAUGAAAGCAAUCGUCAAGAUCUCAUAAAAACUAAUAUUGCAAAUAAAAAAGAUGAAUUUGAUAUGUUUGCUGAUGAUGAUAUGUUUGCUCCGACUCCGGAGUCAAAAAAUGCUGCUUCACAAUCAAUACCGAUUGUCAAAACAGUACCCGUUGUAGUUCAAGGCGAUAAUGUUGGCUUAGUGGAUAAUUAUGAUGACGCUGAAGGCUAUUAUCGUGUAUUACUCGGAGAAAUUUUGGAUAGUCGCUAUCAUGUGUACAGUAAUCUUGGUAAGGGAGUAUUCAGCUCUGUCGUUCGAGCUAAAGAUAAUUUGGAAGGAAACGACGUUGCAAUUAAAAUUAUACGUAAUAAUGAUACAAUGUAUCGUGCUGGAAUGAAAGAGCUGAAUAUCUUAAAGAAGCUUGGCGCUGCUGAUCCAGAAAAUAAAAAACACAUGAUUAAACUGUAUCGACAUUUUGAUCACAAAGGGCAUCUUUGUUUGGUAUUUGAAUCUUUGAGUAUGAAUUUGAGAGAAGUAUUAAAAAAAUUUGGUAAAGACGUUGGUAUCAACAUUAAAGCUGUUCGUAUAUAUGCUCAGCAACUUUUUUCAGCUCUUUCGCUCCUAAAGAAAUGCAACAUUUUGCAUGCAGAUAUUAAACCUGAUAAUAUCUUGGUGAGUGAAUCAAAGAAUACACUUAAAAUGUGCGAUCUUGGUUCUGCAUCUGACGCGUCUGAAAAUGAUAUCACACCGUAUCUCGUCAGUAGAUUCUAUAGGGCGCCUGAAAUUAUUCUCGGGCUCCCGUAUGACUACGCCCUUGAUAUGUGGUCGGUUGGUUGCACUCUAUAUGAACUAUAUACGGGCAAAAUACUAUUUCCCGGACGAAGCAACAACCAAAUGCUAAAAUUGAUGAUGGAAUUAAAGGGCAAAUUUCCGAAUAAAAUGCUUAGAAAAGGACAAUUUGUAGAUCAACACUUUGAUCAUGAAUUAAAUUUCUUAGCAAAUGAGACAGAUAGAAUAAGUAACAAGGAGGUCAUUAAAACCUUCGUUAUUAACAAACCCACAAGAGACUUAAAAAUGCGACUUCUUUCAAAAACGUCUCACAUGAUGGACGAAGAUUUUCGUCUAUUAACAGCCUUUGUCGACUUGCUCGAAAAGUGCUUAAAUCUUAAUCCGGAGAAGAGAUUGACGGUUAGGGAAGCUUUAUUGCAUCCUUUUAUUACCGGCAAAGUAUAA